AUGUCAACGUUCGUGGAGCAGCGACUCGCUUUCACGGGCGGCGAGGAAAUGCCACCGGUGGGCUUAGUUGCCAUUAUGGCCCCCCAAGCGAUGACUACGGCAGCGGCGGUGACGUCAGGGGGAGCAACCGGCUUGCUCAGCUGUUGCGUCCCGACCGAAUGCAAAAUUCCCCUCACCGGUCAAGAUCUGACCAACGCAGUCCGUGUGAUCUGCAACAAUCAAGAUUGCCGUGCCGGUGAGUACAUGCAUCGAGAAUGUUUCGAAGAGUGGCAGGAAGGCGUGCUUUCGUAUCUGAGAUCAUGCGGUCGAGCGCGAUCCUGGUCAGAGAAGCAGCGGAUGCAGAAUCUCUGGACAAGGAGAGGUUACGACCUGGCGUUUAAAGCUUGCGGCUGCAAGUGCGGCAAAGGCCACUUGAGGAAAGACACCGAUUGGUGUCCUCCGACGAACAGCAUCGCAACCCACGAUGAGAAGAAGAAGCGAGGACGCAAGAAGAGGCAGAACGAAACGGCGACCGCGACCGGCUCGGUGAAACCCUCUGUUCUAACGACUAACAGAAUUCGAAGCUCGUCGAUCUCCUCGACAGGAUCUGGUGUUUGCACCCCGCCGACCACUCCGGACCAGUUCGCGUCGCCGAUUCCUCGCUCGUCAGUGAAUCCGUUCUUCAACGGAGAUCGUUCGGGCAAUUACGAGAAGCCUCAACAAGAGGUCCGGCUUUUCUCUCGACGAUCUGAUUACUCGGUGUUCAACUGUCUGCCACGACACAAAAUCAAUUCGUACAACAUCAAAAUGGAAGACGACGAUCGUAGCGACGACAUCCGCACGUUCAUACUAACCACGCUCGCCCAGCAUCGCACCACUCGAAUUCCGUGCUGUGUCUGCCAUAAUUCAAUGAACAUAUUUGACCGAUACCCGCUGCUGGACGGCACUCUAUUCCUGUCCCCGCGUCAGCAUUCGCCUGGAUCCGUCACGAUCCCAUCGAGCAACCGCACUCAGUACUUGAACGCGGUUUGCAUGCGUUGCCUCGAGGACGAUUGGCAAAAUCUCCGCUGCGUGGCUUGCCGCACCAAAUGGACCGGAGGACACCUGAUCAUUGGAACUCUCUAUUCGUACGACAUUUUCGCCGCUCAGCCCUGUUGCGAGGAAAGACUCCGUUGCAAUCGUUGCCGAAAACUCGUCAUUCAACCAAACCAGCGUGAGCGCUACUUCUUCAGCGAUUACUCGCACAGCAUAGCGUGCCCCUCCUGUAAGUCAAUCGACUAUCAUUUCGUGAAGCCGCUCAACGUCUAUGCUUGUGACUAG